AUGAACCGCGAAGAAAAAAACCAGGAAGCGACAAUCUACAUUGGCAACCUCGAUGACAAAGUCACCGACUCCAUUUUGUUCGAACUGUGCCUGCAGGCGGGUCCAGUAGUUCACAUUCACAUCCCCCGUGACCGGAUCCGGGCGACACACAACGGCUUUGGGUUCUGCGAUGCUCAACCAGGUCAAACUCUUCGGCAAGGCGAUUCGCGUCAACAAGUCGAGCCAAGCAAAAACACGCAGAGCGUGAUCGGUGCCAAUGUGUUCGUGGGCAAUCUCGACACACUGGUCGACGAAAAAGUUCUGUUCGACACGUUUUCCGCGUUCGGACAGAUGGUCCAACCGCCUCAGGUGGUUCGCGACGACAGCGGCAAGUCCAAGGGCUACGGCUUUGUGUUCUUCGACAGCUUUGAGGCUGGUGAUGCUGCCAUCGAAGCUAUGAACAACCACUUCUUCAUGAACAAAACCAUCACCGUGUCCUACGCAUACAAACGCGAGGGCAAGGGCGACAAGCACGGCGACGCUGCUGAGCGGAAGCUGGCCGCCGCCGCUAAAAAGAAUCGCGUGCAGACGCUGCCUGCUGGGUUUGCACCGGCAGCAGCUCCUGUAGGAGCUGCUGCUGCUGCUGCUGCUGUAUCCGGUGGCCUGCCAGCAGCGAACGGGGCUCCAGCAGUCCCGAUCCCAGCACCGGCCGUCCCGCCGGUCAUGGCCGGUGUCUACGGUGUGCCUCCUCCCUUCCCCGUCGUGCCCGGCAUGCCUAUGCCGCCCAUGGCACCCGGUGCCAUGGGCGGUCCUCCCGUCCCUGUGCCUGGUGCUGCCAACCCAAUGGUGCCCCCACCACCUCCCCCCGGAACCACUCGCAGUCGCAGACGCUAG